UCCAUUCGAGACAUUGUUUAGCAAACAUCGUCGAUCUUGUUUGUUUGGUCGUAGUUGGUUGAUCUCACAGCGUCAUAAGCUGUCGGCGGAACCACUGGAAUAGGAAAUCGAUCCUGUGAACUUCUUUUUUCAAGCAUGUCGAGUCAGAUUCGACUGAAGAAGAAAAGAGAAGCUGUUCGUAGGCUUUCACAGGGUUCUGGAGCUCCUGGUUACCCUCGCGAUCAUCGUUCUGCCUUGUCAUUACAAGCUCCUGGGCAGCCACUUCAAAUGAGAAAAUUUCCAGGUCAGCACGAGACAAAGAGACAGCAUCCAAGUGUGCCAGGUCAAAGACCAGCUAAGAGAAGCUAUGUUAGUCCACUUGACCACAAUCCUGCCACAAGUGAUAAUGCAGAAGCAAAGCAGAUCAAACAUACUGAGACAGUAAAUUUUGGUUUUGUUGCUACAGCUGCUUCAAUGAUUACUCCCUCAUCUCAAUCUAUAUCUCAGUCUACAAUUGCUAAGCCUGAUACUUCUUCAGCAGUUUUAGCCAAACCAGUUUUCAGCUCAGGAUUUCCAGCAUCGGUAUCAAAUUUUCAACAAAAUGCAGUUCAGUCUUCAGGGGAAGCUAGUACCUCCAUCAUAUCUACAGCUAGUAGUGGUUUUGCAACAGGAUUUGGCAUGAGUCAAACUAAUGCAGAUGCUUUUGCAACCUCAUCUGGAAAUGUUUUUGUGCAAAGCUCUCAACCAGCAGCAUCUUUGUUUGGGCAAUCACAGACCUCAAACCCUGUCUCCAGCUCAGGCUUUCAAAGUAACAAUUCAUUGGCUUUGGAUUCAUCAUCAGCAAACACCAGCUCAAGUAUUCUUUCUAAUCUUGUUGCUUCUGUAAAGGAGCCAUCAUCUAACUUAACAUUCAGUGGUUUUAAAAACUUAGGACCUUCUUCUUCAGCAGAAGUCUCAUCAAGUAGUGUUUUUGGCACCAAAAGUGGAAGUGAAACAGUGAAAAUCAGUGAUUCAACUUCUUUAACUUUUGGAGCAUUGGCUGCUCCAUCUCUCCAGGUUAAAUCUACUGCAGUCUCAAACCCUCCAUUUGCAGUAGCAUCUCCGGCCAAGUCAAAUACAUUUGGUGUGGCUGCUACAGUUAAACCACAGACAAGAAUUUUUGGUCAGUCCUUAAAUGCAGGAAAAGGGCAACAGCUGGCAAAGGAAAACAAGGAAAAAGUUACAGAAGAUAAAUUGCAAACUGUGGAUAUUUCCCUUCUGAAGACAUUGGUAAUCAGGGAUAUUCCUGAGUCUUACAACAAGAAUGCAUGGCUGAAGAGGUUCUAUUCACAAUUUGGAGUGGUUUCAAAGGUCCUGUGCACUGCAGUCAAGAGGAGUGCAACUGUGACAUUUACAACUCAUGAAGGUGCAAGGUUGGCUAAGAAGGAAGGCAAGAUUCUGAAAUCUGGUUUGCAGCCUGUGAAAAUUUUUUGGAAGCAGCAAGGUCGCAAAAGGACAACAUCAGAGAGUGAGCAGCCUUCCAGUCCAGAGAAAAUAAAGAAGAUUUCUGCUCAGACUGCACCUUCAGAAAAACAAACCCAGCAGAGGAUAAAGAUGUCACAAGCUUUGAAGGAUAUUCAAGAAUAUUUGAAGUCAGUUCCAGCAAGUGAAAGUGCUGGGGAUAAACUUCAAGUUUUGGAGGGAAUUGACAAAAAACUAAGAUUAGUGUUCGAAAGGUCAUCUGACAUAAGUUCUGCUAAAGCUGUCAUUGGAACUUGCAAAGACAUGUGUCCUGAGAAGGAAAGGUACAUGCGAGAGCAUCAAAGAAGACUGAGUGUGUUUGAGGUUGUGUCUGGGACAGGCAGCUUUGAUGAAAAUCCUCAAGUCAAUCACACCCGUGCAGUCAAGGAAUAUGACAGAUCUGCCGCUGAUAAGGAAGAGCCAUUGCCCCAUGAGCUCCGCCCUGUGCCAGUCCUCAGGAUGACCAUGGAUUAUCUGGCCACAAACAUCAUGGAUCUGUGUGAAGGAAGGGAAGGAGAGUGGUUUGAUUUUCUCUGGAACAGAACCAGGGGAAUCAGGAAGGAUAUUACCCAACAGCACUUAUGUGACCCUGAUUGUGUCGAUCUUGUAGAGAAAACAGCCAGGUUUCAUAUAUUUUGCGCCCACUUUCUGUGUGAGGCAGACAUGAAUUCCUUUGAUGCAAAAAUCAAUACUGAGAAUUUAACCAAAUGCCUGCAAACUUUGAAACAGUUUUACGGAGAUCUCCUUAAAGACAAGGGAGUAACAUGCCCGCAAGAAGCAGAGUUUAGAGCUUAUGACAUUUUGCUGAAUUUGAAUGAAGGAGACAUUCUUAGGGAAGUGAUGACAUUUCGAGAUGAGAUUCAACAGUCACCUGAAGUGAGAUUCGCCAUGGCUGUUUUCCAUGCUCUCAAUAGUAACAACUUUGUCAGAUUUUUCCGUCUUCUCAGAAACGCUAGCUAUCUCAGUGCUUGCCUACUGCAUCGAUACUUCACUCAGGUUCGCAGCAAAGCCGUGCAGACGUUAAAUCACUCGCUGAGUAUUCCAAACAGAACCACACCUUUCCAGCUUAAGGAACUUGCAGACAUUUUGGCAUUUGAAAAUGAGUCUGAGGCUGAUGAGUUUUGCACGUUCCACGGUCUAACAGUAACAGAGGGGUUCGUAAACUUUGCUCGUUCUUCUUUCAUUGAGCCCGAGUCUAAGCUUCCCGCAAAGAGAGCCUGGAAACUAAUCGAAUCCAAACGAAGCUGUUCCAUUGGAGAGGUGGUUUACAACGGACCACUUCCAACCCCCCCUCAGCAUCAACCAUGCCUCAGCUUCAGUGAAGACGGCCGCUACAUCGGUGACUUAACGGACCUGCAUUCUACACUAGUUCCCACUCAGAUUGAACCUGCUAAACCCACAGUGUCUUACUCCGAAGAGGAAAUACAAAAUUUUACCAAGACACUGUUCUUGGAAGUGAUGAACGAAAUGUGUGCAGACAUUACAAAGGAAGCCAUUGACAAGGUACAUGUUGAUCUUCAAUUGUCCACGAAGAUUACAGAUACGAUUUACGAGGAGACGAUAUCAGAGUUCAUAAGAGAAACAGCAAAUACAUUGUUUACCGAGGAACUCAGUAAAAAAAGAAUUGCUCAGGAAAACGCGAUCACUCGAGAGCGUGUGUCACGCACUAUUCACGAUGACUUAACAGAGGAGUUUGUUUCUCUUGAAAGUACGAGGAUUGCGGAGGUGGUCAUAAGAGAAGUGCGCUUGGAGCUUCUGAAAUUGGCCAGAGAAAGAAUUUCACAAGAGAUUUGCCAGUCCUUGAUAGAGGAGAAAAUCUCGGCUGAAGUAGAAGAAAUUGCUGAGGAAGUAUUGCAGGAGGCAAAGGCAGAAAGAGACGCUAAGUUGCAGCUAUUGGCCGGCUAUGUUAUAAAGAGUAGAACUGCAAAAUAUUUCGAAAGGUGGCACACAGCAUUCCGCGCUAGUGUGCAUUUAAAGGGACUUCUUAACACUUUUCCUCCUGGACCUCCCAUGGUCAGCAUCGAUAAUCAACUUCAGCAACUUGUGGGACCCAGAACACAGGACGUCACCAUGGCUGUUAUAAGGACUGAUGCCCAUGAAAGUGAAAUCCGUAAUGUAUUGGAGAAAAGACAAGCACAUAUGGAGUACAGCAGAAAACAAGUAUGCCGUCCGCUGGACGUACCAUUGUUGCUUGCAGACUCGAUGAGAUCUCAGCCAGUCGCUCAAAGAUUAUGUCCCAGCUCCCCGGUUUAUUGGAAAUUGAUUCUAUCGCUACCAGAGAUGCGCGAUGGCCUUAAAUUCACCGGUGAUCACGAGAGCGGGCUUGACGUUUGUUCUAUGAUCAGGGAAAAGUUGAAAAGAGGAUUUUAUCCAGUCAGUGACAACAUUCCUCAUGGACUCAAGAGAAAAAUUGAUUUGUUAGCACUCUAUGGUGCGGAAGUCCGUGGCGUUCCCUUACAGAACAGAGUGAUGAAAAUUUGCACCAAGGCCUGUUAUGGCGUUUUGACGAACACAGAAGUAAGAGAAGCGAUGGAAACGCGGCAGUUUUUCGGAUCUCACGCGGCCAUCUUUGUUGUUGACGGGAAAGAACUUCAGCGCAGUCCAGAGGCCUCAAGAGAAGCUCACAUUCGCCUGAGACGUAUACUUGAAAGCAAGCCACCUGAACCGAGACUACCAGUCGCUGUGAUAGUAAUUGACCACGAAGGAAAUUCGACAACCGAAGCAGAUAUGUUAUUCCGUCUGGGUGUUCAACAGCUAAAAGCAGAUGGUCUCCUAUCAGAGUGCAAUUUAUCUACAGUCAGCUCGCUCUCAGGCCACCAAGAAGAUCUGUCUCAAAAGCUUUGUUCGGCAAUAACUUGGUUAGGACGUCACAUGGCUCGAUGCAGUCUCCCAAAGACCGACAACGUAGGGAACUUCAUUGAGAACGGUCUUCAGAGAUUCUUCACCACACCACUGGCGGAGGAUGUGUUUGUCAGACGACAAGCCAAAUUGGAUCAACAGUGUCCAGAAGCUAUUGUUGAAUUAUACAACAGCGCUUUGGAACAUUUAGGAGCCGUUGCUUCCUCGAGGAGUUUACAAAAUCUGUCCUGGCCGAUGAAAGAAUUCAGCGAUAGAGAAAACGGGGAGCAUGAUGUACCAGAUGCUACAUGGAACAGUUACGAGAACUUACAAAGGAUGAAUACACUUAUUACUUCAUUAAAACUGCCUCCACCUCCACCAGCGGCUGUUGAUGGCACAUGGGAGUCUGAAAGUAAUUUAUGUCUAGAAUACGCUCGAAGGUUAUCACCAGACACCGCCAGCCUGUUAAACAGCAGGUCAACGUAGAGCGCUUUGCGGCGAACAGGCUUGGGAGGUACUUCUAAUUCUAGUAGCUGACAAAUGUUUGGAAACAUUCCAAGUUUAAGUCGCUCCAGAGAUCCUCCCUUGGCCAUGGUACAGAUAUCGUGCUGAUCGUAAGUGAUGGGAUGCUGUAGCGUGAUGGAUAGGAUUGUUUCUCUUGCCAUGGUAAAGUUUUCCUCUUCUACUACAGCUUGGAUUUCAGCAUCGUCGGAUGUUUGCCGUCGGACCUUCGCUGCAAGACGUGAGAGAUAUAAAGUGCACUGCUGCGGGGUUGCAGCGAGCCUGUCUGCGGCACCUUUUCCACCCUGUGGGUCAGAAAAGUCAAUGCGCUUGAUUUCGAUGCCGGUGCAGGAGGAUAUCACUUGGCAUGAGAGUACGGUGGACGACGAAUGAUAACAUCCUGCGUUAUCUUGGCGAAAGAACUUCUUGUUAAUCUCAUUGUGCUCCAGCUUGAUGGUAUUCAGGACAUCCUGCAUGAUUUUAACCACUGCAGCACUGCCUUGAUUGCACGACUGGAUUAUGUGCAGAAAGCCCUGUCACUGGACUACCCCGUUCACACGACGGUAGACGACAGAAACGUGCCAGGAGAUGCCUCGCUUACCAAACCAGUCUGUUUGGGACUCUCUGUAUUUUUGUGGCAGGAACUUCAUGGCCCAGUCGUUAAUUAUCAAGACAGUGUUGUCGUCAAGUUUCUCCAGUGCAUCUAUUCUCGCUUGGUCUUGGUUAGCUGAUCUAAGGAUGUGGCAUUUCCAGGAUAUUAUGGCCAGCUGGGCUGUCUGGAAUAUAAAUAGCGCUUCGUCUUUCGCGUUCUGAGUCGGAAAGGUCGUCUCGCCAAGGACGCGUUCAAUCUUUGCCAGAGUUUCCUGAAGACUUUGACAACGGCCACAAAGAUGAGUGUGUUGGUGACUGCAUUGUUGCUGGUAAUCUGCAUCACUACUGUCGCUAAGAGCAAACAACACACAGUGGUCUGCUACGUUAGAGAGGCUAGUGACAUGAACCUAUUGACAAAACAAAGUUGAGAUUACUGUUUGUCUGUGCUUAUACUUCAAUAUAAUAUUUAAUCAAAUGAUUUUUUACUCUAACAAAUAUUAUUAACGUAAGGGGGCGAAUAACUUUUAACCUUAACCUUAGAAAAGACCACUAUCCUCGUGCGCGCAUUGUUAAUCUCGAGAAUUUAUGUAAGCUAGUUACACGUACACCAUUUAUAGAAGAAAAAGAGUACAAAAUAUAUAUUUUUUUACGGAA